AUGGCAGCAGGAGUAGCAGCUUGGUUACCCUUUGCCAGGGCAGCGGCCAUAGGAUGGAUGCCAGUGGCCACAGGUCCCAUGCCAGCUGCUCCGCGGCAGGAGAGGAAGCGCAGCCAGGACUCUCUGAUUGUGCUGAAUGUGAGUGGCAUCCAGUUCCAGACGUGGCUGGACACCUUAGAGCGCUACCCCGACACUCUGUUGGGCAGUUCGGAGCGGGACUUCUUCUACCACCCUGAGACACAGCAGUACUUUUUUGAUCGGGACCCUGACAUUUUCCGCCACAUUCUCAACUUCUACCGUACUGGGAAGCUUCAUUAUCCCCGCCAAGAGUGCAUCUCAGCUUACGAUGAGGAGCUGGCCUUCUUUGGCAUCAUCCCUGAGAUCAUUGGCGACUGCUGUUAUGAGGAGUACAAGGAUCGCCGGCGUGAGAACGCUGAGCGCCUGCAGGAUGAUGCCGAUCAGGAUCAUGCAGCUGAGAGCUCCCUGCCCUCAAUGACAGCUCGGCAGAGGAUGUGGCGGGCCUUUGAAAACCCACACACCAGUACACUGGCUCUGGUCUUCUACUAUGUCACUGGUUUCUUCAUUGCCGUCUCUGUUAUUGCCAAUGUGGUGGAGACAGUGCCCUGCGGGGUAAGCCCGGGUCGCAUCAAAGAGCUGCCCUGUGGAGAGCGCUAUGCUGUGGCUUUCUUCUGUCUGGAUACUGCCUGUGUCAUGAUCUUCACAGUUGAAUAUCUCCUACGUCUGCUGGCGGCCCCUAGUCGCUACAAAUUCGUGCGCAGUGUCAUGAGUAUCAUUGAUGUGGUCGCCAUCAUGCCGUAUUACAUUGGCCUGGUGAUGACAGAUAACGAGGAUGUCAGUGGGGCUUUUGUGACACUACGAGUCUUUCGUGUCUUCAGGAUCUUUAAGUUUUCCCGCCACUCACAGGGGCUGCGCAUCCUGGGCUAUACCCUGAAAAGUUGUGCCUCGGAGUUAGGCUUCCUCCUCUUCUCACUCACUAUGGCCAUCAUCAUCUUUGCCACAGUCAUGUACUAUGCAGAGAAAGGUUCAUCAGCCAGCAAGUUCACCAGCAUCCCUGCAGCCUUCUGGUACACCAUUGUCACCAUGACAACACUGGGAUACGGUGACAUGGUGCCGAAGACAAUAGCUGGCAAGAUUUUUGGUUCAAUAUGCUCCCUGAGUGGGGUUUUGGUCAUUGCUCUGCCAGUUCCUGUAAUUGUCUCCAACUUCAGCCGUAUCUACCACCAGAAUCAACGAGCAGACAAGCGCAGGGCACAAAAGAAAGCCAGACUUGCUCGAAUUCGUGCAGCAAAGAGUGGGAGUGCUAAUGCCUACAUGCAGAGCAAACGAAAUGGCUUGCUGAGUAACCAGCUGCAGCAGUCCUCCAGUGAAGAAGAACAGGCCUUUGUUAGCAAAUCUGGCUCUUCCUUUGAAACGCAGCACCACCACCUGCUUCACUGCCUGGAAAAAACUACGAACCAUGAGUUUGUGGACGAGCAAGUCUAUGAAGAGAGCUGUAUGGAGGUUUCUACAGUCAAUAGACCCCCAAGCCACAGCCCCUCUCUCUCGUCUCAACAAGGCGUUACCAGCACUUGCUGCUCACGAAGACAUAAAAAGACUUACCGCAUCCCAAACACCACCAUCACUGGCAGCCGUCCAGGCAGUGUACAAGAGCUCAGCACCAUCCAGAUCAGAUGUAUGGAGAGGACGCCUCUGUCUAACAGCCGUUCCAGCUUAAAUGCCAAAGUGGAAGAGUGCGUUAAACUAAACUGUGAGCAGCCUUACGUCACUACAGCAAUAAUUAGCAUCCCGACACCUCCAGUCACCACACCCGAAGGAGAUGACAGGCCAGAGUCUCCUGAGUAUUCGGGAGGAAACAUUGUCAGAGUAUCUGCUUUAUAA